AUGAGCGAUGAACGAGAACCAACAGCUUCCUCGAGCAAUGGCGUCCGCAAGUUUGAAAGAAAACAAAUAGCUGAAAAGGAGAGAUCUACUGUUAAAGGCAACCGUCCACGACCUGGGUUUUCUGAUUCAUUUUCAAGUAUUGACUUGGAAACUUUAGACAUUGAAGAGGGAGGCCUACCUGAACACUCUCCCAGGAGUCAAGGGUCUGAAACCCCAGGUUCAAAGGCCAGCACUUCUGAUUCGGAGAGUCAGGGGGCUUUAAUAGGCAAUUCACCUAAUAAUAAUAACCAAUGGCGUGGUUUCUUUAAGUUACUGAAGAAAGGAUCCCAAAUGCCUUUUCAAACUUUUCAUCCACUUAAAAAUGUUCCUAAACUGACAAGAAGAAAAAGCAAGAGAAUCAGGGAGGACCUGAUUCCAUCUCUGAAUUCUCCAGCUCUCCAGUCAUCUUUUGACACUGACUUUAGCUGCUUCAAAUCUUCCUGGAAAAACUUCACUCUCGCGGAGAUCUUGACUGCAACAAAUGACUUUAGCCAAGAGAAUUUGAUUGGGGAGGGAGGCUAUGCCGAGGUUUAUUUGGGGAAAUUGGACGAUGGAAACUUUGUUGCCAUUAAACGGUUGACAAGAGGGAACCAAGAGGAAAUGACUGCAGAUUUCUUGUCUGAGCUUGGCAUUAUUGUACACGUGGAUCACCCCAAUAUAGCUAGAUUGAUUGGAUAUGGUGUUGAAGGAGGAAUGUUUCUCGUUCUUCAAUUGUCUCCACAUGGUAGCUUGUCAUCAAUACUUUAUGGACCUAGAGAGAAACUGAAUUGGAACCUCAGAUAUAAGAUUAUUUUGGGGACUGCUGAGGGCCUCCGUUAUCUGCAUGAGGGGUGUCAAAGAAGGAUCAUUCACAAAGAUAUUAAGGCUUCUAAUAUUCUGCUCUCAGAGGAUUUUGAGCCCCAGAUAUCUGAUUUUGGGCUUGCAAAGUGGUUACCUGACCAAUGGACUCACCAUACUGUCUCCAAAGUGGAAGGCACAUUCGGCUAUCUUCCUCCUGAAUUCUUCAUGCAUGGUAUAGUAGAUGAAAAGACAGAUGUCUAUGCUUAUGGUGUGCUAUUAUUGGAGCUCAUUACUGGUCGACAAGCUUUGGAUAGCUCACAGAAAAGUCUGGUGAUGUGGGCAAAACCUUUGCUAUCUGCGAAUAAGAUCAAAGAGCUUGUGGAUCCAGUUUUGGUUGGUGCUUACGAUGAAGAGCAGAUGAAACUUGUAAGCUUAACAGCUUCUCUAUGUGUAGACCAAUCUUCGAUUCAGCGACCAGAUAUGAGCCAGGUGUUAGACAUUCUAAGAGGGGAAGAAGAUAGCGUAAGAAUCAUAAAAGAACGGGCGAAGUCAAAACUUCAGAGGACAUACUCUGAAGAACUCUUGGAUGCAGAAGAGUACAACUCAACGAAGUUUUUGAAUGAGAGGGAUCGACAUAUGGAGACUAUUCUAGGCUCAGUUACAGACGAAUGA